GAGAAGAAAAUCCUGUCCUAAAAUUAAAAAAAAUUUGAAACAUUCAAUUAUUUGUUUUUUCUUCUCAUAGCAAUCCAGAAAGGAUAAAAAGAUCAUAAAAGCUUCUUCCUCUCGAUCCAAACUCUGUUUUUCUUCUUCUUUAAUUCGCUCUAUAGAUUCACAAAUUAUCCUUUUUUUUAAUUAUAUUCUCUCUCUCUCUCAAUGUCCAUGGAUACAGAAAUCAUGAGAUUGAGAUUUGUUGAGAAAGCAGGUAAUGAUUAGGGUUUCCAUUUAAAAUUGGGGAUUACUAAAAGUGACAACCUUUCUUCAUUUUUCGAAUCUAACCCAUAUUCCACGGAGAUCUUGUAACAUGUUUUUCUCUUUAAGGCUCUUCUUUAUGUGGAUUUGAGCUUCCUCAUCACUGCUUUGUUGUUGUUGUGUCUGUGUUUGUUUGGCGAAGAAUGUACAAGAUAUUCCUGAGGAAGAGUAAGCUUCCAAAACCUGACUCAGAAGACCUCUCUCCUCCCACCUCGGAGCAGUCACCAUCUCCGGGUCAGAGUGUGGUGGUUCGUUCCAACUCAGGGAAGCGUAUGUCCUCUGCUGUCUUCCCUGCAAGCGUCGUUGCUGGCAUCGAGCCUCUGCUGCCUUUCAAGGAUGUACCAAACUCCGAGAAACUAAACCUCUUUGUUAGCAAAGUCAGCCUCUGCUGUGUCACAUUUGACUUCUCUGACCCAAACAAAAACUCUAUAGAGAAGCUUGUGAAGAGACAGACUCUGCUUGAACUUCUUGAUUUCGUAGGUUCAGGUUCCGUUAGGUUCACUGAGCCGGCUAUCCUCGCGAUGUGUAGAAUGUGUGCUGUGAAUCUCUUUAGGGUUUUCCCUCCUAGUUACCGGUCUAGUGUUGUUGUCGGUGGUGAGAAUAAUGAUGAUGAUGAUCCUAUGUUCGACCCUGCCUGGCCUCAUUUGCAGAUUGUCUAUGAUCUGUUGCUUAAGUUCAUCACCUCUCCUUGUCUUGACGCUAAGAUAGCUAAGAAGUAUCUUGACCAUGCUUUCAUUGUGAGGCUGCUUGACGUGUUUGAUUCCGAGGAUCCUAGAGAACGAGAGUGUUUGAAGACGAUUCUGCAUCGUGUCUACGGGAAGUUCAUGGUUCACAGACCCUUUAUCCGGAGGUCAAUGAGCAAUAUCUUCUACAGGUUUGUGUUUGAGACUGAGAAGCAUUGCGGCAUCGCUGAGCUUUUGGAGUUUUUGGGGAGUAUAGUGAGUGGAUUCGCUUUGCCUUUGAAAGAGGAGCAUAAGAUCUUCUUGUGGAGAGUGUUGAUUCCACUUCAUAAGCCUAAGUCUCUUGGGAACUACUUCCAACAGCUGUCUUACUGCAUCACUCAGUUUAUAGAUAAGGAGCCGAAGCUAGGAAGUGUUGUGAUCAAAGGUUUGUUGAAGUUCUGGCCUAUCACGAACAGCCAGAAGGAAGUGAUGUUUCUUAGUGAGGUUGAAGAGAUUGUUGAGGCGAUGAGCGUGGUGGAGUUUCAAAAGGUGAUGGUUCCAUUGUUCUGGAGGAUUGCUUCCUGUGUCAACAGUUGCCACUAUCAGGUCUCUGAAAGGGCACUGUUCUUGUGGAACAACGAUCAGAUUGUGAAUUUGAUUGCACACAACAGGCAAGUCAUCCUACCAAUCAUGUUCACUGCCUUGGAGAAGAAUGCUGAGAGCCACUGGAACCCAUCAGUGCUAAACCUAACUCUAAACGUGAGAAAAAUGUUCUGUGAAAUGGAUGAGGCUCUCUUCAUGUCUUGCCAUGCUCGCUUUCAAGAGGACGAAGCAAAGGAAAGCUCUGCAGCGGAGAAGAGGAAAGAAACCUGGGAAAGGUUAGAGAAGGCAGCAAGUGUGAAGCCUAUAACUGGAAAGACAGCUGUUCUUGUAACUCCUUUAGCUACCUCCAUUGCCUGCUAA